AUGAUAAACCAUAACUUAGCAGCUGUAACUUCUGAAAAAUUGCUAAUCGGUUAUAAAUCACUUACACUAGAAAACCAAAUGGCAAUCCGAAAACAUUUCGAAGAAAUUUAUUCUAUUAUCAAAAAUUCAAAAACCGAAGAUGAUGACUAUAACAAUAAAGAAAUUAUAAAAUCUAUUUUAAAUCAUAUAGUAGAUGACGUUUAUCGAUUUGAAAGUCCAAAACCUAUUCAUUACAGAAGUCAAAGAUCGUCAUAUUCAACCCAAGUCUCGCCAAAAAACUCGGAACUUAUGGACUCAACAUCAUCUAAAAAUUUUCAGUCACCUAUGAGGAGCAAAAAAUCAAGCUCAAUCUCUUCAGCUAGCAAGACAAUUGAAGCUAAAAGACCUCAGAGCUAUAUAAGCUUAAGAGACAGAGUUUUGCAAGCUAAUGGUCAUGACGAGUCUUUCAGCGUAUUUUAUAUUUAGUCAGAAUUUUUUCACAUUAAAGGUCCGGCUACAUUUUAUAAGACUAAGAAAAAAGGGCUUGAAUUUAGGACUGAUUUAUCGCCAGGGCCAGCUGCUUAUGUAGGCCACUCAAGUCUUACAAGAACAAAUAGCCCUAGAGCUACUAUAGGGAAUGGAGGAAAAAGAUUUGAAUGACUGAUUCCAACUUCUCCAGGACCAACUCAUUAUAAACCAGAUUGGCAUUUUCUAGCUAAAAAAGGACAAUAA